AACUUGUUUUCCCUAUUUGUUUGUGAGAUAACCAGAAAUUCGAGCACCUACCCCUUCAUUUAGCACUGUGAGAUAAUCAUGGUAUUUCUCACCAUGUGCUGCAGCAUGAUCGGAGGUAAGUGUGAGAUCUUGAGCGACAUAAAAAGCUCUAGGGAUGGGGAACACAUGAUCUUCCAGAUCUUGGACUGCAAUGCCUAUCAUCCCUCACCGUUGGCUGUGUGAAGUGGAGAAAGGGGAAGGGAAAACUAGAAACAGAUGUGUGUGGAAGGACCACAGACUCAGUCCCGGCACGAAAACCAUUUCCCAGAGAAAAGCAUGCACUCCGAGGCAGCAUUUCCCUUCACUCCUGCUCUGUGCUCCUCACCCUUGCAGGCGUUAUUUUGCCCCCAGUGAACUUAGGAUUCGAGGGGGAAAGCUAGUCGAAUGCAGUAAGCCUGAAUUUGCUCACUCCAGCUGUAGGAACCCGGAAUAGUGGCGGGGGGGGGGGGGGUAUGGCAUUUUUAGGUAGUGGGCAUAGUUUUGCUUCUUGAGUGAAAACUAGACCCAAAUUGAACCCUUAAAAUGAAUAGAAGGCUUUAAGAAUGCGUCUCCUGCCCCUGCUAUGGGCCACUGUCACUUGUCGUUUAAAGCGUCUGAAUAUUGUUGAUAAGACAACGCUUGUGAUACGAUCCGUGCGCCUGCAUCCGGUGAGCUAAGCUUGCUGUCAUUUCCCUUUUCUGAAGCAGUAGUUGCCAGAAUAGAUCUGAGAACCCAAUGAUCCAACUUUUUUAUGGAACUUUUCAAAUGGAAGGGAUUCAUGAAGGUAAGCCGGAAGAACUUGUCAAUGAAACUUUUGUCUGAUUUUUAUUGUAAUAGGGGGAGAAAUCCCUGUGGGCUGAUUUAACCGAAGAGGAACACGGGCUUUCUCGCUGAACUCCACAGAGCCCAAAAGUGCUUGGUUUCCAACUAUAAAUCCAAGCUUCCCCACAUGUGUUCUGUGUGAGGGAUCGUGGCGAGCCCUUUUCCAAAACUGAGACCUUUGGCCAGUAUCCCCUGCAGGUAAAUGGUUAUAAGAACUUGUACGAGUGCUUGGAAGGAGCUAUGGUAGAAAAGGAAACUGAAUCAUCGCCUUCCGGUCAGUCAGUGAAGUACAGACAAGAGCGCUGGUUCACAAAGCUUCCUCCGGUGCUGACCUUUGAACUUUCCCGGUUUGAGUUCAAUCAGUCACUCAAACAGCCAGAGAAGAUCCACAACAAGCUAGAAUUCCCACAGAUCAUUUAUAUGGACAGGUUCAUGUACAGUAAUAAAGAGGUUAUUCAAAUGAAGAGACAGGAGAAGAAGAAACUGAAAGACCAGAUAACUGUUCUACAGCAAAAACUGGAAAGGUAUAUGAAGUAUGGGUCUGAGGCAGGCCGCUUCCCCUUGCUGGACAUGCUUCAGUCCGUGCUGGAAUUUGCAAGCACGGGGCCUUCAUCCGUUGCCCAGGCGAACGUGCUGGCAGAACCCCAGGCCAAGCAUCAGCCUUCAGAGAUGCCCCCAGCGCAGAGCAGCAUAACAGCAGCGCAGACGGAGAGCACCGAAGAUGCAGCCACAGCAGGAGAUCCGCCUCAGCAGGAACGAGGAGAGGAGUGUCUUCGGCCAUCCCGAUCGCCCAUGGAAAUACCAGACUACCCAGCUCCUCGAGUGAUCACGGAGGAUGAGAUGAAUCUUGUCAGAACCUGCCUGCAGCGAUGGAGAGAAGAGGUGGAGCAAGACAUAAGAGAUUUGAAGACCUCCAUCGCGCUGCUUUCCCAGGCUAUUGACCAGGUGUACUCGGACCCUGAGCUCUGUCAGGUCCCUUACCACUUGCACGCCGUCCUGGUCCACGAAGGCCAGGCAAACGCUGGCCAUUACUUGGCCUACAUCUACAACCAGUCCCGACAGUGCUGGCUCAGGUAUAACGACAUCUCGGUGACGGAGUCAUCCUGGGAAGAAGUGGAAAAGGUCUCUUUUGGGGGCAUGAAGAAUGUCAGCGCCUACUGCCUGAUGUACAUAGACAAAAAGCUGCCAUGCUUCACUGCAGACUGUGAGGGUCAGACCCAGAGGGAAGUCCGAGCUCUGCCUGUGGAGCUCCAGCGUUACAUAAGGCACAACAAUUUGAAGCUGGAACAGGAGGUGGCGGAGUGGGAGGAGCAGUCCUGCAAGAUGGCCCAGGUGGAUCAGAUGGCCCCCUCUGUGGACACUCUGUAUCUGUCUUCUGACUCGGGACAAGGACAGUCUAGCCCCUGUGAGUUUGGGAUGAGCUCCCUCUCCUCGGAGCACGCCAGGAUCAGCAAGGACCAGACAGCUGAAGCCAUCGCCAAGACCGUUGACGCGUAUGAAAAGGAUGGUGGGCAGGUAGCCCUGGACAAGUCAGAGGAGGCAGACCCAGUGAAUGUCCUUCCCGAAGGAGGCGGCCCUCCAGCUCAGGCGGAAGAGCGGCAGGAUGGGACGGGCGGGGCGCCCUCCGCCCUGCCCAGCUCGCAGAUUUCGGAGGUGGAGAUCCCCAGUGUGGGGAAGAUCCUAGUUAGAUCGGAUGCUGACGGAUAUAAUGAGGAGGUGAUGCUCACUCCCGCCAUGCAAGGCGUGAUCUUGGCUAUUGCUAAAGCCCGUCAGACCUUUGAUCGGGACGGAUCUGAAGCAGGGCUAGUCAAGGCGUUCCAUGAAGAGUAUUCCCGGCUCUACUCGCUGUCCACAGAGGCCCCAACACCACAAAACGACCCCCGACUUCAGCAUGUCCUGGUCUACUUCUUGCGGAACAAUGCCCCCAAGCAGGUGGUGGAGCGGACCCUUCUGGAGCAGUUUGCGGACAAAAACCUCAGCUUUGAUGAAAGGUCAAUUAGCAUCAUGAAGGUAGCACGAGCCAAAUUGAAAGAGAUUGGUCCUGAUGAGAUGGACAUGGUUGAAUACAAGGAGUGGCACGAAGACUACAGCCUGUUUCGCAAGGUUUCAGUUUACCUGUUAACAGGGUUGGAGCUCUACCAGAAUGAAAAGUUCUGUGAGGCUCUGACUUACCUGAUUUAUGCCUACGAGAGGAACAAGGCCCUGUGGACGAAGGCGCUCAGCAGAGCCGCGGACACAUCCCUGAUUGCCCUCUACAGGCGGAAGUGCCUCCUGAAGCUGAACGAUGCUGCUGCGACUCUGAUCGAAAGCAAAAGCAACGCAGACGAAGGGAUGAGAAUCCUGAAUGAGCUGAUCAUCCCCUGCGUCCAGCUCAUCAUAAGUGACCCCAUGUCCAAGGACGACCUGCAUGCCAUCGAGCUCAUGCGCAACCGCUGGUUUGCUUAUGUGGAAGAAGUAAUGAAUGCUGAAGUGAAGCAGAAGCUGGCUGAGCUGCUGCCCCGCCUGCUAGAUGAUUCUUCGGAAGGAGUUGUUCUGAAAGAGCCGCCCAGGAUCCGCCCCAAUUCGCCCUACGAUCUCUGCAGCAGAUUUGCCGCGGUCAUGGAGUCCAUUCAUGAGGCCUCCACCGUGGCUGUGAAAUAGAGUCCGCCGAGUCGGCUGCACUGAGCCCCGGAGGCCGCUGCCGAGUCCCGCGGAGGCCGCCUUCGGGAGAGAGCCCAAGUCGGAAGACCUCAGGAAUGCUGAGAGGAGCGUGGCACCUUUGGCGUGCGUGCACUCGGGCCGGCACUCCCCGGAAGGCGCCCUGGGUUCUACAGUCGGGCAUCACCGGUAGUGCCGUUCACCUUCACUCCCCGCGAGAGCAGAGCAUAUGGGGGACAUUUCUGUACAACACGAUCAGUUUUAAACUCAGCAUUGGACUUACACUUUGCUGCGGUGCCUCACGUACACGUGGUGUGGCUGGUUAUUGCAUAUGCUCGUCGCAAGCCUUCUGUGCACACCCUGUUAAAUGCGUUUGACACAGACACUGGUCUUCUGAUGCGGCGCGAACGUGGCAGCCUCAUUCAUGCAAGGGAGCGCGCCGGGGCCGUGUGGCUCCCCCACAUGGGUCAGCAUGUAACCCGGGGCCCGUGUCCUGUUCUUUCAACUAGAUCUCGGUGACGUUGGAGGAGAAUCGGUUCAGGGAAGAAGCCAAACUGGAUCAUAGGUAGGCACUUAAGAGCUGCGCACACUUACCUCUGGGGGAAAACCCCUUAAAACUUUUGCCGGGCUAUGAAUUGAGGCUGCCCCAGGUGUCUUCUGGAGGGGAGGGAGCAGCCCGUGCCCUGGUCCCCGGAGUGUCGCUGUGCGCAAGUGGCUGCACAGGCAGCAGCUGCUCCUUCCGCUAGGGGAACAUCAUGGUGCUGCCAGCGUUGGGCGGGGGAAGCGGGGGGCAGAAUUGCAGAGCUCAUUCCAGCACAAGGAAGGAGACGGGAAACAGGAGCCCCGGGGAAGCGGCUUUCUCUCAACUCCCAGCUUUUUCCUCCAAUCCAAAUCACCGAAUUCUAAUUACAGGAGUUUUAUUGGUGGAAAUAAGUGCACCAAAGUCAGGGCAAGUCCAUUUUUAAUAGCGCGAACUGUAACUAAUGAAUUUUUCCUGAAAAUAUUUUUAAGUGGCCUUUGUUUUUAUUGGAACACAGACAAACACAGGAUGUAAAUGGAAAUACAGAUUUGGUAAGGAUUUUUCUGGCUUGAAAGUGCAAUAAAGCAUUUUACUCUA